AUGACUAGAGAUAAUAAGGUUAUCAUUCUCUUUUUAAUUGUUGUCUGUUUGGCAGUGGUCAAAGUACAGAGUAGUAACAGAGACACCAAUGAGCAACCACAGGUAGUGUAUGUUGACAAAAACUCAUUGUGCCUAGUCGACUGUGGUACUGAGAUGUCACCCUUUUCCAACUUUGUCGAUGCUAUCCAACACAUCACCGCCUUGCGUAGUAACAGGUCGUCGUCGGCUGUCAACAUCGAUUGGCUUCUUCAAAACAGCCACCACCAACAACAAGACUUGACUACCAUCAUUGUCAAAGAUGGUAUUUAUCGUGGAUCUAAAAACAAAGGUUUAGAUAUCAAUUUUCCUUUGCAUAUUAUAGCUCAAUCACCACCCAAACAAACAACCUACGUUUCAGUUAAAUUCAACGAUGCACAAGUAAUCAUUGAUUGUGAGAAUGUAGGUAAUGCCAUUACAGUCAAGAAUGUCACUCUCUUUAAGCUAUCAAACAUUGGUAUUCAUCGUUGUGUCGGUUCAUCAGGAGGCGCUCUCUCGAUUGUAAACUCAUCGGUUGUCGUUGGUGCCGUUACGUUUGUCGGUAAUCAAGCUCUCAACGGAGGUGCAGUCUCAUUGUCCAAUUCAAACAUUGAUUUCACUCGUUGUCUCUUUAUGGACAAUCGAGCUGUUACACAAGGAUACGAUAUCUAUGCAUCGUCGUCUGUCGUCGGCCUAUCAAUGACCAAUCAAAAGCCAUGUGAUAUGUAUUCUACUGGAGGUUCGGUAUCGAUUAAACUCGAUUCAUCAUACCUCUCGAUGGACAGUACCACAACUAUGGAAGGUCUCAAAAUAGCAGGUGAUCUAUCUACUAUAUCCUUACCCACUGGUAUCGUCACUGUUCUCGAUCGUACAUGUCCCACUCCACCAACAGUAUCUUGGGCAUAUAUAUUUAAAACAUUUAAUACCUAUACUGAGAGUUGUAACAACAAUAAUGUAUGUGACGAUGGAGAAUCAUGCCUUUAUUGCCCAUCGGAUUGUUCUUGUGUUGCCUCUGGAUGGAAGAUUGAAAUAUUCAAGACUAUUCCUUCUCUUCCAAUCACAGUUGCAGCUGACAUUAUUCAAUUGUCAUCAAGUAUUGUCACCCUUGGCUAUUCCUAUGCCGUUAUGAAUGCCUACCUCAAGAUUAAUAAGCAUGCUACCUAUGAAUUCAAAUUCGUCGGUAGUAAUUGUGGUCUGGUCUUUUCAGUCGAUGGAAAUGACAUUGUCUAUAGUGCCGCUUCCCUUUCCAACGUUGAUACAACGAGAUCAGUUAGACUGACAGCCACCAAUGUACAUCAUCUUCGUAUCGCCAUCGCCAAAGGAGUAUCUCCAAACACUGGUUCCCAACUCGAGAUCUAUUGGAGAAGAAAAGCCGAUGGUGAACAAUUCGUAUUACUUGAUCCAUUCUAUUCCAAAAAUAUUUGUAAUGAUGGUAUUUUGGAUGAUAGAGAGAAAUUACCAGCCUAUAAAUGUGUUGCUGAUCAAGCAAAGGCAUUAGAUCUAUCCAAAGAUACUUGUGGUGAUGGAAUUUGUAGUGAGAUACCAGAAGAUUGUCUUGUUGAUUGCUACCAUGUUAUCGCCGAUAUGUGUCCAGAACAAGCCACACCUCACCGUCUCGAUCCAACCUAUUCCAAGAUGGAUUUUGUCGGAACAGCCCUCAACAACCAAUACAUGUACACGUUGCCAGGUAUCCAACUCUUGUCUCACGGUAUCGACAUUGUGACUGAUGAAUAUACAAAUGCACCUGUAUUCCAUUUUGGAUAUUGUGACAAUUCAUCAUACUCUACAGUCCAUGACUUGUAUCGUGGUCUAGUGUACACAGUACCCAAAGGAAUACAUGCAAUCCCGACACCAAAAUGCUCAUAUUCAGCCUCAACCAAAAGCUAUUCGUCAUCUUCUCAAGUCUCUCAAGAAAAGGCAGACGACAUUAGUGUGGCUGAUUCAGCCAAUCUUGGUGCAGCAUAUUGGGGAGUAUCAAUUCAAGCCAGUGUUGCAUUCUCUCAAUCCUCUUCUACCAAAUCGGCAAGUGAUCUCGAAAAGAAGGUAUCUGGUCAGAUCAUGGUUGACACUGUUCUAUGUGAGACUACUCGUGUCCACAUCACCGCCGAGAAUAUGACAUUCCAUCCCAAUUUCGUGAGGGAUGUUGCACAAGCAGACACUAUAGCCAAAAUGGAAUUGGUUGUCGCCAAGUACGGUUCACUGUACCUCAAAAGUGCUGUGAUGGGUGGUUCAUUGACACACAUUACCGUCGUAUCUCAUUCGAGCUUUGAAGGAAAGGUAUCUUCUGAUAUUGCAAAAAAUACUCAACUUUCUCUGUCUGCCAAGGUGUCGUCGCCAGUACUCAAGGUCAGUGCCAACUACAAGAAAGGUACCGACAACUCAAUCACAAACGAACAACAAAACAAGUUUGAAGAUGACAGUGCAUCAACGACAAUCAUGACCAAAGGUGGUCCACCAGGUUCAUUUGGACCCGAUACCAAGGGAGCCAACAACAACUUUGGUGAAUGGGCAAAAGGUGUCGAUCUCUUGCCCGUACCCAUCAAGAAAGAGUAUGGAUUUAUUGCUGACUUGAUCCCCGAAAACUGGCGCGUCAAAGGUUCAAUCGAAACCAUCCAAUCGAUGUGGAGUAAAGCUGAAAUCGCUCACCUUUACAAACGUUUUGCAAGCAAAGUCAAUUUUGACAAAAUUGAAUCCAAAUGGACAAAUCAUAAGUGA